AUGGUGAACUCUGGUACCCUGUGGGUGGGGGCGGAGUCAUGUGGAGCCACAGAUUAUCAGAUUGUGAAGGAGUACGAAAGAGCGGUCAUCUUCCGUUUAGGGCGACUCCUUGGCGGAGCAAAGGGACCCGGUAUAUUCUGGAUCCUUCCAUGUGUGGACACUUUUCGCAAGGUUGAUCUGAGGACGGUGUCUUUCAACAUUCCUCCUCAGGAGGUGUUGACCAAAGACUCGGUGACCAUCGUGGUAGACGCUGUGGUGUAUUACAGAGUCUUUAAUCCCACAAUAUCUAUUACUAAAGUAGAGGAUGCGAAUGUGGCUACGCAGAUGCUGGCACAAACCACUCUGAGGAACAUGCUGGGCACCAAGAGCUUGGCGGAUAUUUUGCGAGACCGGGAGGAGAUGGCGGAACAGAUGGAGGAAGUGCUUUAUUCUGCGUCUAAAAACUGGGGGAUUAAGCUCGAGCGGGUGGAGCUGAAGGACGUCAAACUGCCCCAGACGUUACAGAGAGCCAUGGCUGCUGAAGCGGAGGCCACCAGAGAGGCUCGCGCCAAGGUGAUAGCUGCUGAGGGAGAGAUGAAGGCCUCGUGCGCGCUGAAGGAGGCUGCAGACGUCAUGUCCGAGUCUCCGGCUGCUCUCCAGCUGCGCUACCUGCAGACGCUGGCCGAGAUCGCCACAGAGAGGAACUCCACCGUGGUCUUCCCCAUUCCCAUGGACCUCAUUACCAGCUUCAUGAAGAAGUGACCACACACACUGGAAAAUCUCUAAAGUCUCUAAACUCUCUACAGUCCUGGUUUAUUAUUUACACUAAAGCCUAUGUGGAGCAUCAGUGGGACAUCAUAUGACAUGCUGGGGCUUAUGGGUAAUGUAAUGAAUUCAGCAUAACCAUGACAUUUAUAUUGUUUUUUUUUACAGACUGCACAAAAUAAUAUAUA